UGGUUCGGAAGAGUGGCUUUGGUUACGGGGUCUUCGGUAGGAAUUGGCAGAGCUAUCGCUUCCAGUCUUGUUGAACACGGACUCAAAGUGGUUGGAUGUGCUCGUAAUAUAGAUCAGCUCAAUGAAUUGGAGUCUGAAUUAAAGGCAAAGAAACUAAAAGGAAGUUUCAAAGCAAUCAAAUGUGAUUUGAGACAGGAAUCAGAUAUCAAAGCCAUGUUCGAAGAGAUCGGAUCAAGUUUCGGACGGAUUGACAUCUGUAUUAAUAACGCCGGUCUGGCCAAAGACGCGCCACUCAUUACUGGCGAUACAGAAUCGUGGAGAGAGAUGUUAGACGUAAACGUGACCGCACUGUCCGUCUGCACCCGAGAGUCCAUAAAACUAAUG